AUGAACUCCCGACAAUCCAUGACAACCCCAUCUUCCAGCCCAGUUCCUCGGCGGCAUCGUCGUGGACUCACUCGGAGCGCUGCCGCCUGUGAGCGCUGUCGACGGCGAAAACAAAAAUGUGAUGGUAAAACUCCAACAUGCGGGCCGUGCGCCGGGGCGGGUGCAACAUGUAUACCUUCUGAAAGACUCUUAAUCCGACAAGGAGAUGCCGACUGUGAAUGUCAGUCGCUUCGUGAACAACUGGUGUCCUUGGAGCGUCGCUAUGAAGCUCUAGUCCAACAGCACGAGUUGCUAGCACAGAAGGAUAAGGACCAUCUGCAUGAUGAUGCCAACCCUCGAGCCUUGGAUGACCGCACAUUGGUCAACUCUUCAUUGGAUUAUCACGAUCCCAUAGGGACUUCUGAAACUGUUUUGCCUCGGGGUUCAGACCUACGGCGUAAUGUCAAUUGUUCUUACUCAGGUCGCAUCCUCCGACCAACUUUCUCCAAAAGUACUAAUCUUGAGGGCAUAAAUAUGAGCACAUUGAGUUGCGCCUGGAAUCUCUGGGGGGAUGAUUCAGCGCCAACGGAACCGCCUAUAUCUCUGAGUAUUCUCAAUAAUGCCGCCUAUAUAGAGCUUGUGAAUAUCUUCUUUGAGCGCCGAUGGCCUUACCUUCCCGUGCUCCAUCGGCCAACCUUUGAAGCGAAAUAUCUUACUCCUUUCAUGACUGAUUUGGAGGCCGACCCAGGAUCCAAUUUCUUUGUGUACAUGGUCCUGGCGAUUGCGGCGACGGAGAAGUCUUGGGUCGAGCAAGAAAACCGAUUGAUUCAUCGGGAAUUCUUUGCUCGCGCCGUGCAGGAGUUGCAUUACGUUAUGCGCAUCGAUGAUUUUGAAUGCGCACAAUGCCUGCUGCUCCUUUGCAUGUAUGGCCACAAUGAGCCACAGGCAGUGAAUUUAUGGUACACAUCGGGGCUUGCCCUCCGUCUAGCAACUGGGAUCGAUUUGCAUCGCCGCGAGAGUCUUGUGGGUCUAGACUUGUUCCGCGCGGAGAUGUCCAAGCGGGUGUUCUGGUGCGCGUAUGUCAUGGACUGCAGCAUUGCGGUAAAUAUGGGACGACCGCUAGGUAUUCAAGACACAGAUAUUUCUACUCCUUUGCCUCUCCAGCUAUCCGAUGAUCAGUUACGUGAUACAGUUGAGCCUCCCGACCCAGAAUCCGUGGCAAUCCCCAAGGUCACAGACACCUCAACAUUUAUCCACAUCAUAAAACUACGCAGAAUGAAUGCCGAAAUCUACAAGGCCUUUCAUCCCGCUGUACGUAGCUCAUCGGCACGCGAUGGGGUAGACGCGCUGCGAUCAUAUUACUAUUCUGAAUUGAACAUGUGGCUCGUCACUGCCCCGAGAUACCCUCAUACCCAUUCCACUUUCCAGUCCCUUGAGUGGUUCCACAUUGCUUUCAAUCAUGCAAUCAUGUCAUUAUACCGCCCAUCUCGCACCGCGCCAAUCCUCUCCGCGGAUGACCUCCGCAUCUGCACCGAAGCAGCCAUCGGUCUCAUCAGCUCCUAUAGCUCGCUUUAUGCGCGGAACAAGAUAAAAUACACCUUUGUGGCCAUCCACUCCCUCUUCUUAGCUGCGUUGACCAUGCUGUACGCCCUUCGAGCAUCCCCGGCUCUUCGCCAGGACCUAACAAAACCCGUGAUCAGCACAAACAUAUCCACCUUUCUGACCCUCUUUCGCGGCAUCUCAAACGGCCGUGCGGUAGGAGAGAAGUGUUCUUCGAUCAUCGAGCGGCUGGGGGCCGCGAUCUUAACUUUGUUCGAUGACACCGAACAACCAAUCUCUGCCGUGGACGAUGAGUUCCAAUCGUGGUUUGGGCUGCAGACGAACAUAUUUUCACCGCGGGAUCGGGAUGCGACAUUUGGAGACCCUGUGGGCGUGUCUCCACAUUUACCUGAUGUCAGGGUAGAUUUGCCGUGGACUGACUUGUUCAUUGAAGGGCUCGAUAUGGGCGCCGUGAGCGCCUGGAAUUUCUUUUAA